AUGAUGAGCGCUCGCCAACAAGGGCAGCUGGUGCUCGUGCUGCCGGAGCUGCUCCUGCUGGUGACGCCGCCCGUCUUGCGCUCGACGGGGUCAAAGAAGAUCGUGGCGGUGGCGGGGGCGGGGGCACCCUACCGAAAGAUGCCCUCGGGCUGGCCCAGGACCUCGCGCUGUCGCUGCGCGUGGGGGUCGAGACCCUCCGGCUCGAGAGCUCUGGGGGCGGAGAGUGGGGCAGAUGUCAACGUGGCGGGGGUGGGGAGGGCUCCAAGCGACGCGCAGGACGAGGUGGCCAGGCUGAAAGCUCGGUUGAAGAACAAGACGCGGCGGCUUGAAGGGGCCAUCUUCGACCGAGACGCUAUUCGGGCAGAAUACCAGGUGCUUGGGUGA